AUGUCGCGCUGUCGUAUCGGCAUCGAGCUUGAAUUCAUGGUGGCCUUCCACGACCAUGAAUCAGGCGCCAAGCGAGUGAAACCCAAGGAUGAUCGUUGGCCAGAUAGCUCCAACGCCUUUGUCGGCACAAAUGACAUAUAUGGCAACAAGGCCUGCCAAAAGGCCAUUUCCGCCGUCCUUGCCGGCAUCGGCCUGCCCACUGCCCGCAUGGGUGACACGGACGCCAUGCCUGACGACCCCGACCACGCCGACCGCCCCGACCGAGUCGUGCCUGUCCGCGGCAAGAGGGAAUUGCGUAUCUGGAAUCCAGUCUCAGCUAGUGGCAGCGUCAAGGAAGAGCAGUUCAACUAUUGGUUCGUAACUCAUGAAGCAAGUAUCGUAAGCGUCGUCAAUGAACGCAGCAUCACUGUCCCAGCCGGCUAUCGAUGGUAUUCUACAGAAAUCACAAGCCCAAUUCUCUCUGACCAGCAAGAGCUCGACGGUGGUCUGCCCACGCUCAGAAAGGCGCUCGCCGGCGUCCAAAACGAGGUCAAGAUCUGGCUCAAUUCGGAGUGCGGCCUUCACGUUCAUAUCAGCCCACCGGAUGCGGAGCUGGACAUUGUCGUGGCCCGGCGGUUGACUGCCCUAAUAUUCUUAUUAGAGCGCCCAUUGUUGCUCCGAGUAUGCCAUUCCGGUCGCUCGAACGCAGCGCACGCGCGGCUCAUAAGCUCAGACUCUGACAUAGCCAAGAAUCCCGUCCCAUCAGCCGGCCUAUGCGCGACCUACCUGUACGAGGUGGUUGAGCUCCGCCGAACGCUUCACGGGUCGAAAAGCCGGUGCCCUGAUGAGAUCCACACCUUCCAGGCUGUAUGCGCAAUCCUUUCGGCGCCUGAUUGUAAAAGCCUUGCAGAGAGACUGCGCGUGCCAAAGGUCGGCGGUGGUGGUGGCGGCAAAUGCGCACUUGCCCUAUCCAAGUUUGGCACCGCCGAGUUUCGUUACCCGGAGGCAAGCUUCGACGUGGACUACGUCUCCUCCUGGGUCAACGUAGUUAGGCGAAUCUUCGCGAUUGCAUCGGGACCGGACGCCGAGUACGCCGCGAAGCUCUGCGAGAUAUACGAGCUGGCUACGCGAGACGUACGCAUGGGCUGGAUAAACUUUGCUAAGGCCAUAGGACUCGGCGACGAGGCGAGUGUCUUCAAGAAGCGCAUAAGCCGGUAUGGUGCCGAUCUGAAGGACUUGGACCAGCCCACCGUCCUUCCGCGGGCAAACUAA